GCCGGGGCAGUUGCUCCCGCUAAGUCUCGCUGCGAGCUCAAGAUGCUGCGGCUGCUUGCGCUCCGCCGCGCCCUGCUGGCCCGCCCCUGGAGGGGGGCCGGGCUGCGGUGGAAGAACACGACCUCCCUGAAGGUGGCCAACGAGCCUGUCUUAGCGUUCACCAAGGGCAGCCCCGAGCGAGAUGCCCUGCAGAAGGCCUUGCAGGACUUGAAGGGCCACACGGAAGCUAUCCCGUGUGUGGUGGGGGACGAGGAAGUAUGGACGUCGGAUGUGCAGUACCAGGUGUCGCCCUUUAACCACAGGCACAGGGUGGCCAAGUUCUGUUACGCAGACAAGGCCCUGCUCAACAAGGCCAUCGAGGCCGCCUUGGCUGCCAGGAAAGAAUGGGACCUGAAGCCUGUUGCAGACCGGGCCCAGAUCUUCCUGAAGGCGGCUGAUAUGCUGAGCGGGCCUCGCAGGGCUGAGAUCCUCGCCAAGACCAUGGUGGGACAGGGUAAGACGGUGAUCCAGGCGGAGAUCGACGCGGCGGCCGAGCUCAUCGACUUCUUCCGAUUCAACGCCAAGUUCGCCAUGGAGCUGGAGGGGGAGCAGCCCCUCAGCGUGCCGCCCAGCACCAACAGCGUGGUGUACCGGGGGCUGGAGGGCUUCGUGGCAGCCAUCUCUCCCUUUAACUUCACGGCGAUCGGCGGCAACCUGGCGGGAGCGCCGGCCUUGAUGGGCAACGUGGUCCUGUGGAAGCCCAGUGACACUGCCAUGCUGGCUAGCUAUGCUGUCUACCGCAUCCUCCGGGAGGCCGGCCUGCCCCCCAACAUCAUCCAGUUCGUGCCGGCCGAUGGGCCUGUAUUUGGGGACACCGUCACCAGCUCAGAGCACCUCUGCGGCAUCAACUUCACUGGCAGCGUACCCACCUUCAAACACCUAUGGAAGCAGGUGGCCCAGAACCUGGACCGGUUCCGCACCUUCCCACGUCUGGCCGGAGAGUGUGGCGGGAAGAACUUCCACUUUGUGCACCGGUCAGCCGACGUGGACAGCGUGGUGAGCGGGACUCUGCGCUCGGCCUUCGAGUAUGGCGGCCAGAAGUGCUCAGCCUGUUCGCGCCUCUACGUGCCACGCUCCCUGUGGCCGCAGAUCAAAGGGCGGCUGCUGGAGGAGCAUGGCAGGGUCAAAGUGGGCGAUCCUGCAGAGGACUUUGGGACCUUCUUCUCUGCAGUGAUUGAUGCCAAGUCCUUCAGCCGGAUCAGGAAGUGGCUGGAGCACGCCCACUCCUCGCCCAGCCUCACCGUCCUGGCGGGGGGCAAAUGCGACGAUGCCGUGGGCUACUUCGUGGAGCCCUGCAUCAUCGAGAGCAAGGACCCUCAGGAGCCCAUCAUGAAGGAGGAGAUCUUCGGGCCUGUGCUGACUGUGUAUGUCUAUCCAGACGACGAGUACAAGGAGACACUGCAGCUGGUCGACAGCACCACCAGCUAUGGCCUCACGGGGGCAGUGUUCGCCCAGGAUAAGGAUGUCAUCCGGGAAGCCACGAAGAUGCUGAGGAACGCCGCUGGCAACUUCUACAUCAACGACAAGUCCACUGGCUCGGUGGUGGGCCAGCAGCCCUUCGGGGGGGCCCGAGCUUCUGGAACCAACGACAAGCCAGGGGGCCCCCACUACAUCCUGCGCUGGACAUCACCCCAGGUCAUCAAGGAGACCCACGCACCCCUGGGGGACUGGCGCUACUCCUACAUGCAGUGAGCCUGCGUGGCGCCGUCCUCCUGUCGUCCAGGUGGCUGACCUUGUGGCACCGGCCCACCACAGCCCCCACCUGCCCCCAUGGAUGGCUCCCUUCAGAGCCAUAGCCAUAGGCCUGUGUGGUGGCCUCGCCUACCGACGUGCCAGGGCCCGAGCUUUGGGCCUGUCCCUUGCCCACCGGCAUCCUGGGAAUUCCAGCUGGAGAGCCUGACCGGCCCCUGGCGGUGUUGGCGUCUGUCUGUUUCCUUCUCAACACGGGCCUGGGCCUCAGGGCCCUGGAGAAUGGGCUGGAGAAGCUCUUGGGGUCCUGGGGGAAGGAGGCAGCUCUGCGUCCCUCGCCAGCGUCAGCACUCACACAUGCUCCUGGCCCAGAAUCCUGUAGGUGUCCAGGGUGACGUGUGACCCUGGGUGGCCCGGGGGCCUGGCGAGUCGUGGUCUCAGCUGCCCUCGUCCCCUUGGUCUGGGCUGCCCACCUUCCUCACCACGUCUUUUUCCAGGCCCGCCUGAGCUGCCGGUACCUGUGCUAACCAGAGGCCUUAGACGCCGCGUGCCUUUCCCCAGGUGCCUGCUUACUGAGGCCCACCUGAGCCUGGGACUGGGCUGCGGGUCCGCUUUCCUGGAGCUCUUCUAGAGACAUGCCCAGAGCCUAUUUCGGGCCUGGGAUCUCCCUGCAGGGUCGCCGUGCCCCCGGGGCGUGUAAAACAGGCCCAGGCCCCUGAGACCUUGCCUUGGCUUCAAGGGCCAGGAUGUUGCCCUGGGCUCUCCCCUCCUUCACGUGUGAGUGGCCCUGUGAGGCCUGGCUCCUCAGUGGCCCGGCCUUAUUGGUCACAGCCAAUCGCUGACCUCGACUCUUCUUCCUUGGAUCCUGGGUGGUCGGGGACCUGUGAGGAAGGACGUCUGCGGAUGGCUUUUAGGGGACUGUGAAAGUGCUGGGCUUUCCUCAAGGACAGCUGAACGGGUCCCCCUGGGAGUUGAUGUGGCUGUUUCCUAAGUGUCCCCAUUUAACACCACGACCCAGGUCAGCAGUGGCACCAGUGUCACCUGGGCCAUAUGUGGGUCCACUUUCUUCCAGGCUCUGAGUCAUGGCCCAUGAGCGGCUGAGGCACGCGGGCUGGAGAUAAUACUGGUUCUACCCUGUGAUGUGAUGGGAUCUGCCCUGAGACCACCCAGUAAAAUGCCUGCUACUCCAUCGAA